AACACUGUAAACUGUAAACGAAAGUCAUAAUUUCUGUUGUUUAAUUUCUGUUCGUUGUCACGAAGCCGCGAGAUUGGACCCGAACUUUCGGUGGGCUUCCGCCAUAGCUAUUGAAGCGACGUAUUCAAAGAUUCGGCGAAGAACUCCUUAUUUUCGACCAUUCCCCGUUGUCUGAAACUCCAAUUUCACUCUCUCCAAGGAAAUAUCCCACGAAAUUCUUUCGGGAAAAUGCAAUCCAAAGACUCGAAUUCCCCAGAAUUCCCUAUCCCUUCGCCUAAGUUCCAUACUCCGACCAAUUUCCCGCCGCCGACUCAUCGCCCUACUCCGGCGGCCAGCAUUCCGUCCAACAACCGUUCUAGUCAAUCCAUAAUCCUCUCACCGGUCCCUCAGCCUCAAAGAGUCUCUGUCGUCUCUCCCCCUUACCAUUUCCAAGUCCCUUCCAAAAGAAUCCAUUCUCCCGAUGAUAUAUGCCACUUCCACGAUUCCGAUUCCGGAAGAAAUUUUCUCGGUUUCAUCGUCGCUCUUUCCGAAUCAACUCGAGGCCGGAAAAUUUCCGAUCCUUGCUACCAAUCCAACACCGUUAAUUCCAUCGUCUCUAUUCUCGAUACUCUGAUUCGAUGGAUCGACGAUAUACCACCGGCGCAUAUGGCGUCUCGAUAUGGAAACCUUUCUUAUCGGACAUGGCAUGCGCGGAUGGUGGAAAACAGCGAUUCUCUUAUGCUUCGAUUUCUCCCCGAGGACCUUCAUUCAGCCACCGUUGAGACUGUGCCCUAUUUCACUGAUAGCUUCGGGAAUUCGAGCCGAAUAGACUAUGGUACUGGGCACGAGACAAACUUCGCCGCCUGGUUGUAUUGCUUGGCGAAAUUGGGGACAAUUAAAGAGGAGGAUUACCCUGCUGUUGUCGUUAGGGUUUUCGUGAAGUAUCUUGAGUUAAUGAGGAAAUUGCAAUUGGUUUAUUGUUUGGAGCCUGCGGGUUCCCAUGGUGUUUGGGGCCUUGAUGAUUACCAGUUCCUGUCGUACGUUUUUGGAUCGUCACAGUUGAUAGACCAUAAGUAUCUGAAACCUAAAUCCAUUCACAGUCAGGAUAUACUAGACAAUUUCUCGAAUGAGUAUAUUUACUUCUCCUGUAUUUCAUUUAUAAAGAAGGUGAAGAAGGGUCCAUUUUCAGAGCAUUCGCCAUUGCUUGAUGAUAUUAGUGGGGUGCCUAAUUGGAACAAGGUCAAUAGUGGGUUGCUGAAGAUGUAUAAGGUGGAGGUAUUAGAGAAAGUUCCCAUUAUGCAGCAUUUUCUCUUUGGAUGGCUCAUCAAAUGGCCCAAUCAAGGAGUCGAAGGGGAUCCAUGGUUUCACGAGUGAGAAACAUUAUUAUUCUAUAGACGUCGUAUAAAAUGUCACGUCGCUGGGCUCAGGAAAAUAAUGGAAUCAAAAGGACCUGCCUUGUCUGUUUCCCCUCCUCUUUCUUUAUUUCUUUCUUUCUGAUUAAAGUAGAGAGAAGAGAACCAAACGGACGGUUUAUAUUUUAUAACAUUGGUUCAAAGGAGGAGGAAACGGGGUGUGGGUGAGGCUGAUGAACGGCGAUAAUGCUGUGGGGAAUGUAAUAAAUAAUGAACUAAAUUUGUGUCUUGUCCUUGGGUUUACUUAGUACCAUAAUUCAGUGUGAUUAGGGAAAUAUACUUGUCUUUUUAUGUGCAUUUGAGUACCUGAAAUUUUGUACCAUAAAUUUCUCAGAAGUUUCUAAUUUCAAGCAAUUUUCACUCUUUUAUGCUUUUUGUCAUAGCCUCCGUUUUCAUACGGUUGCCUUUUUACGCCUUUCUCUUCUCAAACUUUAUCUUCUCAUUCAAUUAUUGAUACGUCAAUAAAUUCCCUUCCAAUUAUAUCCUACCUUUUGGUAAAUGACUCUCUUUUUAUUAUUAUUAUCAUUUAUAAAGCAGGAUUACGCGUUAUUAGAAGUGAAAUGAGGAGUUAUUUUGGAUUCAAGUGUUGGUAGAGUGGAAAGGAAAAGAAAAGAGUACUGUUUCCUUGUUUUUCAUUGGUUAAAUUAUAAAUUUAGUCUCUUUAUUAGAUAUUUUUGAAAAUUUAAAGAUUAAAUAGAUUUACUUUAAUCUGUUUCUCUUUUCCAAGUUGGUUGAAAGAAGUCAAGUCAAAUAGGGUAACCCGGAAGAUUUGAACUUUCAAAUUACCAGCGUUGAAAAGAAGUCGUAUGCAUUAAUUUACACAAGUUUUUACUGCCUUUCUUGUUCCACCUCCUCCCUCUCCAAUCCUUGUCACCGACACCUGUACGUGCCCUUAGUAGGAACUUGAAACUUGAAACUUGAAACUUCUUCCUCCGUUUUCUUCUCUCUCUCUCUCUCUCUCUCUCUCUCACUCUCUCUCUUAUAUACAGUAAGUAACAGAGUGGUUAUUUACUGGCUUCACUGCCUCAGUCACCUCAGUAUUAAAAAAAAGUCUCAUAAGGAAAAGGAAAGAAAAGUUAAUAUUUUCUGAUAUCGAUGCCAUGCCAGUAAAUUUCAAGCAUCUUGUUUACUUGUUAUUGUUUUUGAAAUAAUUGUUUGUUAGUUUGUUGCUCAUCUCUCUCUUUAUCUUUCUACGGAUCAGGAGAGAAAGAAAGGUUAAAAAAAAAAAAAAAAA